GAGGCGGAGCUCAGACCCCCAUUUCCUUUCUCCACAACCCGCUAGCUUUCCGGUUGCUGUGGCUGCGAGGCCCUCCCGUUCUGAAGAUACUUGCGCUGGCCCUUACGAGCCUCCUGUCCGGGCCCGGCCCUGCGGCUCUGCCGCGGCGGCAGCAUGGGUGGCGCCCGGGGCGCGGGCUGGGUGGCGGCGGGCCUGCUCCUCGGCGCGGGCGCAUGCUACUGCAUUUACAGGCUGACGCGCGGUCGGCGGCGUGGCGGCCGCGGGCUCGGCCUGCGCCCCUCGCAGUCCGCAGAAGACUUAACUGAUGGUUCAUAUGACGAUGUUCUGAAUGCUGAACAACUUCAGAAACUCCUUUACCUGCUUGAGUCAACUGAGGAUCCUAUAAUUAUGGAAAAAGCUUUGAUUACUUUGGGUAACAAUGCAGCCUUUUCAGUUAACCAAGCUAUUAUUCGUGAAUUGGGUGGUAUUCCAAUUGUUGGAAACAAAAUCAACCAUUCCAACCAGAGUAUUAAAGAGAAAGCUUUAAAUGCACUUAACAACCUGAGUGUGAAUGUUGAAAAUCAAAUCAAGAUAAAGAUAUACAUCAACCAAGUCUGUGAUGAUGUCCUCUCUGGUCCUCUGAACUCUGCUGUGCAGCUGGCCGGACUGAGAUUGUUGACAAACAUGACUGUUACCAAUGACCACCAGCACACGCUUCACAGUUAUAUUACAGACCUGUUCCAGGUGUUACUUACUGGAAAUGGAAACACGAAGGUGCAAGUUUUGAAACUGCUUUUGAAUUUGUCUGAAAAUCCAGCCAUGACAGAAGGACUUCUUCGUGCCCAAGUGGAUGCGUCAUUCCUUUCCCUUUAUGACAGCCACGUAGCAAAGGAGAUUCUUCUUCGAGUACUUACACUAUUUCAGAAUAUAAAUAACUGCCUCAAAAUAGAAGGCCAUUUAGCUGUGCAGCCUACUUUCACUGAAGGUUCAUUGUUUUUCCUGUUAUAUGGAGAAGAAUGUGCCCAGAAACUAAGAGCUUUAGUUCAUCACGAUGAUGCAGAAGUGAAGGAAAAGGUUAUAACAAUAAUGCCCAAAAUCUAAUUGGUCAUAUUUUUCCAAAGAGUAAUGCAGUCUGGAUAUAAACGUAUUUUCUAUCUUCCUUAUAAGGAGAUAGUUCCAGCUGCUGAAUUUAAACAGUAAAUAUCACAUUUCAUUAUUAACAUAGCUAUAACUUGCCAUAGUGUUCAGAUUUAUCUUGGACCAUUUUGAUACCAAGUGAGUAUAAGAGCUUGUACUGAAACCAUUUCUUUUUAUUUUGCUAUUUGCAAAUAUUUGUUAUUUUCCCUACGUGAAGUGGCAGUAACCUUUUUCACAAAGCUACCCUACUUUUUGAAGUGAUUUGCAGUUACUCAUCUGAGACAGCAUUAGUAUGUGACUAAAUCGCUGUUUCAGAACUGUAGUAGGAAUGGUCAUGUUCUUUUAGUAGCAAUGAGAUCCUAAGUUCUUGAUGCCACUCACCUGCCAACCUGACCACACUGCUUUCAAAAGUCUAUUCUCUUGAGUAGAAUCUAUUAUGAUUAUUUCUUGUCAAUGAAAAUGUCAACUUUUAGGAGAGAAUGUUUCCUAGGACUCACCCACUCCCAUUCAGUGUUCCAAUAUGUAAAGAAAAUUACAUAUAAAAUACUGGGAUCAAUCACAAUGUCCAUCUAUAGGCAGUUGGUUAAAUCAAUUAUCCAGUCUUUGAAAAGAAUUAUGGAGGUCUGAAUGUGCUGAAUUGGAAAGAUAUCUAUGAAACACAGUGGGUUUUUUUAACGACACAAGUUACAGAAAAAUAUGGGAUCCCAUGUGUGUGUGUUUUUAAAUGAAAAAUAUGUAUUGACAGACACUUCUAGAAUAAUAAUACCCAAACUCCUGCAGUGAGAGUGGGGAAUGCCUUCUACAUACACACUUCUACUGUGUGAAUUUUUUACUAUGAGCCCAAAUUGUGUAAUCUUUUUUAAAAUAAAGAAGA